AAAGGCCUGACAUUGAGAAUAUAGAAUGGAGUAGAUGAGGAUAAUAUGAAUUGGAGAGGUUGGCUUGGCUUGAGUUUGUGCUAAAGCAGAACAUAACCAACCAGUAUGUUGUGCAUUCAUUCGGGAAACUGAAAAAUGUGGGCAUAUAUUCAUGUUCUUCAUGAGCUCCUCAACUGUUUUAUGCGACAGCUUAAUCUUUUUUAAUCAGAAACUGCUUUUGAACUCUUUCGUCUCGCAUGGUUCAUCCAACUUUGUGAUUCAGUUGGGCAGCAAAACGAGGCGGCUUAAUGGAUUCAUUUCAAAAGCGGAAAAGCAUAGUGGGCAUUCCAGGAAGAGCAGUUGGUGGCAGAAAUUCUUUUUCGAAGAUGAUGGGAAUUGGCUUGGUCUGAGGGACGAGGAUAUGGUGGAUACUGAGGCUGAGGUCGUGGCUGCUGGCGAGGCUGAGAGCACACAAGAGUUAUCAGAGGGCGAAAAGUUUGAGGCAUGGAAGCAAAGAGCUGAAGCAAUUGUGGAGUUAAGAGAGGCCCAAGAAGAUAGGAAGAACCAAGAGUAUAGGAAAUGGGAAGACUGGCUUUUGGAUGGGGACGGGAGUAACACUUCCUCUUCGGAUUGGGAGCAGGGCAUGAAGGAUUAUAGGGAUAAUGUGCGAGAUGAUUCCGGUGAUCUUCCCGCAGACAAGGGGUUGGUAGAGUCCGCUAGGUAUUUGAUUUUUGGAGGAGAAGAUGAGGACAUGCUUUAUGAAGAUCGUGUUUUCCAGUAUGCCUCGUCAAAUUCGGCAAAAUUUUUGGCAGUGUUGAUUAUUGUACCUUGGGCAAUGGAUUUUCUGGUUCAUGACUACAUACUUAUGCCAUUUUUAGACAGAUAUGUGAAGACUGUACCACUUGCAGCACAAAUGCUUGAUGUAAGAAGAUAUCAAAAACUUGAAAUAGUUGAAGAACUAAAAACUGAGAGGGGGCGGUUCGAGCUUGAGGUCGAGAUUGGUAAAUCUCCACCUCUUUCUGAUGAUGAGGUUUGGUGGGAAUUAAGACAUAAAGCAUUAGAGUUGAGGGAAGAGCGGAGACAGGAAAAUCGCAGAGCAUUUGCCAACAUAUGGUCAGAUACAGUUUACGGGAUCUCUUUAUUUAUUCUUUUAUACUUCAAUAAGAGUAAAGUAGCCUUGCUCAAAUUUACAGGUUAUAAAAUUAUCAAUAAUAUUUCAGACACCGGGAAGGCUUUUCUAAUUAUACUGAUCACAGAUAUAUUCUUAGGGUAUCAUUCUGAAUCUGGUUGGCAAACUUUGCUAGAGAUAAUUGUUGAGCACUAUGGGCUUGAAGUUGAUCAGUCAACUAUAACUAUUUUUGUCUGCCUGGUCCCAGUUGUCAUGGAUGCAUGCGUGAAACUUUGGCUGUUUAAAUUCCUCCCGCGUUUGUCUCCAAGGGUGACAAAUAUAUUUCAGGAAAUGAAACGACACUAGUCUGGACGACAGCAGUUGGAGGUGUUUCAUUGCGGCCAGCAAAAUCAUCCCUUAAAUCCGCCAACAAAUAAAUACAAGCCUUAAAUAUCACUUUGAUUUUGAAAUUCAACUAUUAUUUGGUUAGAUUCUGGUAUUGGUUUGUUUGAGAUGGAUCUUUAAAAGUAAAUUGGUGUUUCAAAGUUGAAAACGUGAUGAAAUAUAUUUU